AUGAGUGAGAAAAAAUGUUGUCAUGGACCCGGCUAUGCCACGCCUUUAGAUGCAAUGAAAAAUGGACAACGGGAGAAACUUUUGUAUACAGUAACAGUGCAGCCGAAUAUAAAUGAGCCUCAUGGCGAUUACCUAUCAACGGUUGACGUAGACCCGGAUAGUCCAACAUUUUGUCAAAUCAUUCAUCGCACGUUUACAAAUCGUAUUGGUAAUGAAUUACAUCAUUCAGGCUGGAAUACUUGCUCUAGUUGUUAUCAUACCGAAGAAACAAAUACUGAUCUUGUACCGAAGAGAGAUAAACUUAUUUUGCCCGCCUUGAAUUCCGAUUUUAUCUACGUUUUGGAUGUCGUCACUGAUCCACGAAAACCUGAAAUUUUUAAAGUAAUUGACGGUAGUGUGUUAAAAAGCCACAACGUUACCGCACCACAUACGGCUCACUGCUUGGCCAAUGGAAAUAUUAUGAUAUCUACAAUGGGGGAUGCAGAGGGCAAUGCUAAAGGCGAUUUCGUGCUCUUCGAUGCGAAUUUUAAUUGUUUAGGCACAUGGAUUAAAGGCGAAAACAAACCCUAUUGUGGCUAUGAUUUUUGGUAUCAGCCUUAUUUCGAUGUAAUGGUCUCAUCCGAAUGGGGUGCACCGAAAAAAUUUAAAAGAGGUUGGUCUGACGAUGAUCUAACGGAUCUUACUCAGUACGGUUGUCGUAUCAACUUUUUUAAAUGGUCUACGCACACCUUAUAUCAAACGAUUGACUUGGGCAUGGAAGGUGUCACACCGUUGGAGAUACGUUUCAUGCAUAAUCCGAAAAGAGCUGAGGGCUUUGUUGGUUGCGCUUUAAAUGCUAACGUCUAUUACUUCAAAAAGAAAUCAAAUUCCGAUGAAUUUGAUUGCCGUAAAGUAAUCGAUGUGCCCUCUAAACUAGUGCAAGUGGGGAAUGGAAGACCUCGAGAAAUGGGAGGAUUAAUUUCCGAUAUUCUACUGUCGUUAGAUGAUAGAUUUUUGUACAUAAAUCUUUGGCGGCAUGGAGAUUUACGUCAAUACGAUAUCACUGAUCCAGAAAAUCCAAAAUUAACAGGACAGGUGUUCCUGGGCGGUUCAAUUUGCAAUGAUUUAACGAAUGUCAAAGUAAUUGAAGAUUUAGAACUUAAGGAACGCCCGGAUCCCUGUUACAUUAAAGGUCGUCGCCUUGAAGGUGGUCCUCAAAUGAUGCAAUUAUCCUUGGACGGCAAACGUUUAUAUGUUUCGUCUUCUCUUUACUCCCCAUGGGACAAAAUGUUUUACCCUAAAAUGGUUGAAAAGGGCGGUCAUAUCUGUCUAAUCGACGUCGAUAUCGUUAAUGGUGGCAUGAAAUUAAAUGAAAACUUUUUAGUCGAUUUUGGUGAAGAGCCUUAUGGUGCCACUUUACCUCAUGAAAUGCGUUAUCCCGGUGGUGAUUGUACUUCUGAUAUAUGGUUAGCUAAUUAAACUCGAAAUAAUUUUAAUAAGAUUUUAUCUUUAUGUAACAGUAAGAUUAAAUGACAUGCUAUGCAGUUAAUUGAAAAAAUAAUUUACAAGAUGGAAAAAUUUCACCAAAAA